GAACAAUGAGCUCGUUAGUACCCUUUAACUAUUCCGUCAGCAUGGAACAGCAAGUGGAAUCUUCGGUACGGGAUAAAAUCAAAAUAAAAUUGAUACCGGCACAAACGGCCGAAGAACGUAAACGUAAUAUUAUCGCCAAUGUGGUGGUGGUGGAAGAUACUGCGAAUGGGGAUGGUUCAGGACUGGUACCCUAUAUUGAUGAAGUGGUGACAGCCAAUAGUGUAAAUCAAUUACAGAAUACCCAAGUAAAACAUGAAAAGCCCCGUCUGCGUUAUUAUGCUGUCGGUCCAUCAACGUACCGCAUUAAAUGCCCCCUGUGUCGUCAGCGUGCGGAUGCGGCAGUUGUGCGUGCAGCUGGCUAUAAAGAUGCCACUUGUUGUUUAUCGAUGUUGUCGUGUGUUUUUCCUUUAUUUUGGAUUUGUUGCAUUUGCACUUGGUGUGGCUGCAAUCGCGAGUGGACUACAAAGGGCCUGUAUUGUAGUCAAUGUGGUGGCAAAGUGGGCGUUCAAAGAAAACCUAAAUAGUUUAAUGAAAUAAUUGUUUAUUUUUAGUUUUUUUUUUUUUAGUAGGAAAAUAAAUCAACGAAAUUAUAUUGAAAUUUUUUGUGAGAACAAAAAAUAAGUAUUAACAUUAAAUAAAAACGAUUUGUUUGAAAUAGAAUUGUUUAAAGUGAAAAUGUUGUGGCAUUUAAAUUUCAAAUUAGAGCAUAUUUAAAAUAAAGUUGUAUGCAUUUUAUGCAUAAAAUAAAAAUAUAA